AUUUUCUCACUUUUCGAAUUUGUAAUCUACAUUUUCUAUCCUUCUUCUUAGUUUGUUCCUUCUCCGUUUCCAUUACGAAUUUGGCUUGCAACACUGGACUAGCCUAGGCUUUAGAGACUCGAAUUCUUUAACGUAAUUUGUUUAUGGAGGUCGAAAAUUAAGGAGGGAAAGUUUGUCUUACGUGAAUCAAUAUGAAAUCGCUGGCUUCAGCCUCAUGGAAAGCCCCUCUGAAGUUCAGGAUGCCGACAGCCGAGAAUUUGAUACCCAUUAGGUUGGACAUCGAAGUCGAUGGGCAGCGGUAUAAAGACGCUUUCACUUGGAACCCUUAUGAUCCAGAUUCAGAGGUGGUGAUGUUUGCAAAAAGGACUGUAAAAGACUUGAAGCUUUCCCCUGGUUUCCUUCCGCAAAUCGUUCAGUCCAUUCAGUCACAGCUUGCUACCUUUCGAUCAUAUGAAGGUCAGGACAUGUAUGUCGGUGACAAGAUCGUUCCAAUUAAGCUUGAUCUUCGAGUCAAUCAUACCAUUAUUCGGGAUCAGUUUUUAUGGGACUUGAACAACUUUGAUAGUGACCCCGAAGAAUUUGCUAGAACUCUCUGCAAAGAUUUAGGCAUUGAAGACCCUGAAGUUGGGCCUGCAAUUUCCUUAGCAAUCAGGGAGCAACUUUAUGAGAUUGCAAUUCAAAAUGUAACUUCAGCAAGAGAGAACAGAUUAAACAAAAAGGGUCGCCGAGCAGCUGAACAUUUCCCUAUCAGUAAAGCUAGUGGUGCUGCAUUGGACCUGAUGAAGUUAUUCAGUUUCAGAUCAAGUGUUGUUCGGAAAAGAAAGGAGUGGGAUAAUUAUAAACCCAUUCUUGACCUUCUAUCGAAUGAAGACGUGGAUGCUCUUGAAGCCAAAGAAGAGAGGAGUGGUCUGUGAGUGAAUAGAUGUAGCGUGUAUAAAGGAUUAAAAUUUGAUGCACUGUUAGAUUAUAAUUUUAUGUGCCAGAAGUGAAUUACAUAUUGACAUAUCAUGAUAAAAUUUUAGAACAAAACUCAUUUUAAUUUAUUUUUAUGAUGUGUCAUCAU